UUUAAUUUUACCUACUCUUAGUUAUCACGUACUUAUCAUCUUGAUUAGUACUCAUAACCAGAGAUAUUACCAUAUAUAUAUAUAUAUUUUAUCACAGUGUAUUUGAUGUGUAUAUACGUAUAUAAUGAUAAAAGAAAAUUGAGAAGUCAAAUCAGCAAGUGAAAGAAAACGUAUGUAAAAGAAUCAGCUUCUAGGAGAAAGAGACAUCCUACUUCACCCAUCCUCUCCUUCAUUACUUCUCUUUCAAGUCAAACAACCAAGUUUUACAACCCACUGACCCUCCUCUCAUCUCUCUUCACCUUCUCCCUCUUCUUCUUCUUUUUUACAGUCUUUAAUGGCGAACAAGCACAGAAAACUAUUCCCAACUUUAGCCAACGCAAACCAUUCCAUCCCUUGCCAAGAUUUCUGUGACCCACCUUGCUCUUACAACUGCUAUCCAUACCCAGACUAUAACGACAUCCUCCCCCCGCCGGCUCUUCUCUCAGACGUUGAUCGUGUUGACCAAAGUCCACACAUCUCUCCCUACGUCAUCGUCAUUGUCGCUUUACUCGCCAGCUUCUUCCUCUUUGUCAGUUACUACGUUAUUAUAGCCAAAUCCUGUUGCGGUUGGUGCAGUUCCAGGAGUUAUACUACUACUCCAUCGGAAAACAGAGACGAGGAUUUUCUCGAUGAGAACCAAGUUGAUCAUCCCAUCUGGUUUGUCGCCACCGUCGGUUUGCAGCCGGCGAUUAUAAACUCCAUCACCGUCUGCCGGUAUAAAAGAGGUGAAGGGUUGGUCGACGGCACGGAUUGUUCAGUUUGCUUGAAUGAGUUUCAAGAAGAUGAUACUCUCAGAUUGUUGCCGAAAUGCAACCACGCUUUUCAUAUUGCUUGUAUUGACACUUGGCUAAGGUCUCACACCAAUUGUCCCCUGUGUCGAGCACAUAUAGUCACCGCCCCGGCGAGUUCUCGUCCGACGCCGGUGGAGCGGAGUUCGGAAAAUUCGAGUACGAUUGUCAAUACCCAGAUGGAGGAUUCCGGGAAUGAUCGAGAUUUUAACGAGAAUCCGGAGAGAAAUGGAGAGAACUAUGAGAACCGAACAGAAACAGAGAGUCGGCGUGAGAUAAUACCGCAGGUUGGUGAUGGGAAACUUCUGAAUGAAGCCAUGAAUUCUAUCGAAAACGGCCGUUAUCAAGCUGUGAAAAAGGAGAUUCGACCAAUGAGGAGAUCUGUGUCAAUGAAUUCCUCAAGAGCUUCACCGCUGGUUAUCGGCGUCUCCAGUUUAUUCCUUGUUUCAUCUGGAGAAGAAAACAUAAACCUACUUGAUGAUCACGAAGAAGAUGACAGAGAGAAAGUAGCAAGUACAGGGAGCCCAUUAAAGCAAGAAGGUAAGUACUUGAGCAAAUUUAGAGAGAAAGCAGGGGCAUCUUCAAUAGCUCAACGGCUUCACAGAGGACCUGUUUCCAUGAAAAGAUCGUUCUCGUGUGGAGGAAGGUUUUUGUCGUCAAGACAUCAUCGAAGUCUGAAUGCAAUCUUUCCCCUGUAGAUUCUCCAGUCCUGGUUAGGAUUUUGGACAAUGUAGUUCAGACAUUGAAAGGAGAGAUCCGGGUGAUUUUAAAGCUCAAGAGUUAAUGUUUAAGUUGAGCCGUGGAAGAAAUAAGAAAGAUGAAGUCGUCUCUGGUUCAGACCAAUAAGACUGAGCUGAUGCCAGGAAUCCAUAUACAAGGCCCAAUCUAGUAGGAUAUAUGGGUCAAAAAAAUCUAUGCAGCCCACUCAAUAAAAGUAGGCCCAUUAGUUUGGCAUUGCCCAUCUAA